UAAAGUUAGCUAAUUCCGUCACUCAUGUCCCCGAUCUCAUAGGAUUGGAAAUUACGACUGUGUAGUUUAAAUUUAUAAGUACAAAAUACAAAAUGUAUAGGUUACUAGCAUUCUGUGCAAUCCUGUCAGCAUGUGACGCGCUGUUUCCUCUUCAUCAUCAUCACCCACAUCAUCACAUCCCACCGGCGAUAUCCCACCAAGAGAUAGUGAAGCAUGACGGACCUCAUCACCCGAUACCGAUUCAUCAUCCCAUACCAAUUCAUCACCCGAUUCCCGUUCAUCACCACAUUCCCCAUCAUAUUCCACAUGUACCACAUGUGCCUCACCAAAUUCAUCAUGAUCAUUACGCCUUCCCAGAGUACAAGUUCGUAUACUCAGUGCACGACCACCACACGGGAGAUGUGAAGUCCCAGCAUGAGUUCCGUCAUGGGGACCUCGUCCAAGGAGGCUAUGAGCUCGUUGAACCCGACGGCAGGACCAGGAAGGUGGAGUACAAAGCUGACGACCAUACCGGGUUUAAUGCGGUUGUCCAUCAUUCAUCACCUCAUCACCAUAUCCAUGUACAGCAUCAUUUAUAAAUGUUUAUCAUAAAGUAUUACAAUAUCGCGAACACCUCUGUAAUGAAUUUUUUAAAUUAAGUAUGUAAAAGCAAUCAAAUGAGAAUAAAGAAUUAGCGCUAAA